AUGGAAGAGGCUUUGAGAAGGCUCAACGCCGCCCCAACUACCAAGCCCGCGGCGGCGCCAAAGCGGUGCUCCGCCGCCAAGCGUCCACACAAGGACGCCGCGGGCGGCACCAACAUGCGGUACCGCGGGGUGCGGCGGCGGCCAUGGGGGCGGUACGCGGCGGAGAUCCGGGACCCGCAGUCGAAGGAGCGGCGGUGGCUGGGCACGUUCGACACGGCGGAGGAGGCGGCGUGCGCGUAUGACUGCGCCGCACGCGCCAUGCGGGGCGUGAAGGCCCGCACCAACUUCGUGUACCCGGCCUCGCCCUCCGAGAAUCUCCUCCCUUCCUUCACCUACGGGAAGCUAUCUCAGCCCUCCAUCCUCUCCUCCUCCUCACGCCAAUUCCUCUCUCCCGCGCAAUUCGAUUUCACCAGAAAUUCCCUAAAUUCUCACCGAUUUCUCCUCCGCGAUUACAUCACCUCAUCCACUGCUAAAUAUCUCGAUACCAAUUCCAAUUCCAAUUUCACUCUGACCUCCGAUUUUUUGAGAAAUUCCUCCAAUUUCACCGGAUCUUCUUCCUCCUCCUCUCUCUGCGCCACCGCCACCUCCGCCACCGUAGUCUCCGAGACCGCCUUCGCCGCCGCGCCGCUCAGCUUAGAAAACAUCGAGAACAAAAAGGGAGAAGCUCUGUGGAAUGAGAAUAACUGCAUGGAUUUCUUCCCAACUGAGAGGUCUGAUUCCGGCCUAUUGCACGAAGUUCUCAACGGAUUUCUCCCAAAUUCGACGAAAAGCGUAAUUGAAGAGGAGGAAUUUGCUCUGCCGAAAGGGGAUGAAUAUUUAGGGUUUUCUGGUGAAUUUGGGAAACUGAACAACUGUUUUGGAUUUGUUGAGAGUGAAUUUGAGGGGUCGAUUAAUCAAACAAAUGGGAUUUUAUCAGAGAUUUUCAACUAUCAGGAGAGUGGGAAUCUGCUUGAAGCUAACAUGCAGAAUGCAUGA